UGUGUUUUUAAGGGGGGUGUCGGCUGUGUCAUCCGCAAGCCAGGAUUGGGAUAUGCGCGCACGCAACUUAGUUUCAUAAUAAAACCUCGCCUUUGAGGUGGAUACGUUCACACGGAUUUUGCUCUUUAUUAAACACAUUUUUUUUUAAUUUUUCUUUUAAACUCCCGUUCCUUCUCGUGCGGGAUAUGCCGAGAGGCGGAGGCGUUUCUUCCUACACCCAAAGCCUCCCCAACUUGAGACCACACUGACGCGCUGUGACAUGAAGAAACGCACCCACGGACAUCACUGACGUUUCCCAAUAGAAGGCCAAAAGCUUUGUUGCAAGCGAUCCACCUCGUCUGAGGCGACGCAGUGGGGCUCGGCCGCCGUAACUCCAUCUCUCUGCCUCCCGGGAAACACUACCGCCGCCAUGCAAACCUCAUCGCUCCGCCGGCAGAUGAAAAACAUGGUCAACAACUUCACGGAGGCCGAGGUCAAGGUCCGCGAGGCCACCUCCAACGAUUCCUGGGGUCCCUCCAGCACGCUCAUGGCGGAAGUCGCGGACCUGACUUUCAACGUGGUGGCUUUCACCGAGGUCAUGGGUAUGAUCUGGAAGCGCCUCAACGACCACGGUAAGAACUGGCGCCACGUUUACAAGGCGCUGACCCUGCUGGACUACCUGAUCAAAACGGGCUCCGAGCGCGUGGCCCAGGAGUGCCGGAAGAACAUUUACACCAUCCAGACGCUGAGAGACUUCCAGUACGUCGACCGGGACGGACACGACCAAGGCGUCAACGUCCGGGAGAAGGCCAAGCAGCUGGUGGCCCUGCUGAAGGACGAGGAGAAGCUGAAGAAGGAGAGAAGCCAGGCGUUGAAGACCAAGACGCGCAUGGCGGGCUCCGCCAGUGGCCUGGGCUCUGGCUCGCUGCCUCCUCCGUACCCGGGGCGGUCCGCGGGCCAGCUCGGAGCCGCGGGGGUCGGCGGGGACGAGCCCGGCAGGUGCAGGAGCUCGCCGUCCUCCUUUCGCUCCUCCUCUUCCUCCCCUCAACUCGAUCCAGAAAUGGAGCAAGCUCGGCCCGCGACCAGUGGAGAAGAAGAGCUGCAGCUGCAGCUGGCCCUGGCUAUGAGCCGAGAAGAGAGUGAAAAGCCACCCCCUACACUGGAUAUUGAUGAACAGACCCAGCUGCAGAUCGCUAUGACGCUCAGCCAGGAGCAGCCCCAGAAGUCAACCACCCAUUCCAAGCCAGUCAAACCUGCCCCCGCCCCUGUUGCACUGGAUAUGGAUGAGGACACGCAGCUCCAGUUGGCCCUGAAUCUGAGCAAGGAGGAGCACCAGCAGGAGCAACUCAGUCGCCAAGGGGACGAGUCAAUGCUCAAGAAAGCUCUGGAGGACAGCAAACGUGAGAUGGAGUCUAAAGGCGGGACCGCUUUCAUGGACCUGGUAGACGUGUUUGCGCUGCCCUCAGAUCAGCCUCCUAGUAACCACCGAUGGCUCGGUGCCCCACAGCAGGCGGCUGCUGCUGCUCCGGGGAGCACAGACCGCUGGGACUCCCUGGUAGGCAGCAACAAUGUCCCGGGAGUAGAUCCCCCCUGGAUGGCCCCCCCAACAUCAAACAGCCCCCCUCCUCCAUGGGAGCCCCCAGUCAAUCCCUGGGACGACCCGCACAGCAACCUGGACGCCGCAGGCCGAGAAUGGGCCUUCCCUGUGAACACAGCUGCCUCAGGACUGGAUCCAUUCUCAGCCCUCAAAGGGCCUGUCAGGGAACCCUAUCUCCAACCCGGAAGCCCCUCGGAUGGGGAUUUUUUUGAUGAAGCCAUGGAUGGAGGCCCGGUGGAUGUAAAUGGGCGAGGGGAAAGCAGUCCUGAGACAUUUGACCUGUCCCGUCUUGGAGAAAGCCUGGCAGCCCCCGGCCCUCGUACGUGCCGAACACCUGAAUGCUUCCUGGGCCCCACAGCGGCAUCGUUGGUUGACCUGGAUAGAUUGAUCCCAGUAAAUCCUCCAGCCAAGACCUUGAACCCCUUCCUAUCAGGCCUCCCUGCUCCAUCAGCCAACAAUCCAUUCCAAGCGGAGCCGCCCAAACUAACUCUGAAUCAAAUGGGCUAUGCCCCCCCCUCUCAAGUUCCCCAGGGCACUUCCCUUCCCUACAGUGCCUCCUUGCCCUUAGCCAUGAGCCACCAGCCUGCCAGCCUCCCCGUGUCUCUUACUCACCCCACCCAGCCCGGCCUCGGCCUGCCACCGACCCUCCCCGAGCCGCUGUUGCCCUUCUCUUCAGGCAGCAUCGACGGAUCACAGGCUGCACAGAACCCUUUCUUAUGAGGAUCAACUAAACUGGAGAAAAUAUCUAUUAAAAAAAGGGUAACUGCGGAUUGAACUUCCGCACCCAGGACUUGAAUGCUAAGUUUUCAUAUUGUACUAUAAUCCGGUAACCACUAGAUUAAUGCAAGCUGGUUCUGCUCCUCAGUGCAAUAAUCUGUCCUGCUCCACUUGUCAAUGAUGCAGUGACAAGAGUAUACAAAAAAGUAACAUUUGUAUCAAAAAUGGCAUUCUUUAUCUUAUCUAUUGCAACCUGAAUUCAGAAAAAAAAACACCUACACAAAAGCACAGUUUGAUAAUAUUUUGAUGUCGCUUCACUUAGCCACAAUUACCAGGCAAUUGUAUUACGGCUUUUCAACAAGUCUCUUGCUAACUCCUGUCUGUGUGAUUGGCUUUUCUGGCUGCUGCUGCUUUUCACAUACAAAUGUAGAAAAAAAUGGAUUUCCCAUAAGAGACCAGAGACCUGUCCCGUGCUUUAAAUGCUGCUGCCUCAAUACGGUUAAAUUUGUUGAGUGUCUGAUGGAAUGAGAACUGAUUAGUAACAGUCGUGUGCAUUUGACUUGAUUUUUCUGAGUUUGGGAGGACUGGAAGUGCUAAAUAAUUCACCAUGAGCACGUCACCAUUAGCAAAUGAAUGCAUUUUAUUGAUUGCUUGUGAACGGAUUCAUCAAAUAUAAGGGUAAAAUUGGAACACUG